GGCCGCCUUCCUGCCGGGGCCCGGGCCGCUUCCGGGCCCUCCCGGCGGGGGCCUGCGGAGCAGUGCGGCCGCCACCUGCCCCCGGCCCGGUGUGUGCGGAGCGGCGCAGCCUCCCCGGGGAGCGGCCGGGGGAGGGAGGCGCCGGGUUCAUGUUGCGGGGCGCCGAGCCUAGCCCGACCCCAGCUCAGGCGGCGAGGACGAGCUGGCAUUUCAGUAGGACUAUGGAGGAGCUGGUUCAUGAUCUAGUCUCAGCACUGGAAGAAAGUUCAGAACAAGCCAGAGGAGGUUUUGCUGAUACUGGAGAUCAUUCUCGAAGUGUGUCUUGUCUUCUAAAGCGACAGGCAAGAAAAAGGAGGGGACGAAAAAGACGUUCAUUUACCACCCAUCAUCCUUGGGAGACUGGUCACUGUUUAAGUGAAGGUUCGGAUUCCAGUUUAGAAGAAUCAAGCAAAGAUUACAGGGAGAAUCAUGCUAAUAAGAAAGACCACAGUGACUCGGAUGACCAGUUAUUGGUUGCUAAACGUAGGCCUUCCUCAAACUUAAAUAACAUUAGAGGCAAAAGACCUCUAUGGCAUGAAUCAGAUUUGGCUGUGGACAGUUUAGGAAAUAGAACUUUGCGUAGGAGAAGAAAGGUGAAACGGAUGGCAAUAGAUCUGCCAUCAGAAGUUUCUAAUGCACUGACAAUAACUCAACAGCAGGAUAACAGAGAUCAAGAAAUGGACAAUGACAACAAAUUGUACCAACAUCAAGAGUUUUCCAAGAGCAAAGUGAAAAAAAGAAAAGUAGCUGCAGUUCGACAAGGACCGGAAGUCUUGGAUGAAGGAGUAGUAAUAGAAAACGAAGAAGUGAACCAAGCAAAUAAGGACAAAAUGGACUAUGAGGAGCAAAAGGGCUCAGAUGAGAACAUGAGUGACAGUGAAUCCAGCAGUCUGAGCAGCAGUGAUGCUGGUUUGUUUACCAAUGAUGAGGGAAGACAAGGUGAUGAUGAGCAGAGUGAUUGGUUUCAUGAAAAUGAAUCUGGUGGAGCAUGUGGAAUUACGGGGGUCAUUCCGUGGUGGGAACAAGAAGACUCUACAGAACUGGAGAGAGAAUUGCCUGAUCCAGUCUUUGAAAGUAUCUUAACGGGUACUUUCCCCCUUAUGUCCCAUUCAGGAAGGAGAGGUUUCCAGAGUAGAUUUAGUCAUCUUCAUGGAAUGCCAGCAAGAAACAUUAAAAAGGCUUCAGGAAACCAGAAUGCAUUGAUAACUCCAGGACCAGGUGGUAGCAGGAAAACGGUUCACUUGUCCCAGGAUUCUCUUCACCAUGACCAUUGGUUUAGCCCUGGGGCUAGGAAGGAACAUAGCCAGCUUCAACUCUUGCGAGACAACCGAUCGGACAGAGGACACAAGAAGAACAGCUCUGUAAAAACAGCUAGCAGACAAACCAGUGUGCAUUUAGGAUCAUUGUGCAUGGGAGACAUCAAACGGAGAAGGAAAGCUGCUCCCCUGCCAGGACCCACAGGGUUUGUAGGUGAAAACACCCAACCAAUCCCAGAAAACAACAUUGGAAACCGAAUGCUUCAGAGCAUGGGCUGGACUCCUGGCACAGGCCUCGGACCAGACGGCAAAGGGAUAGCAGAGCCAAUACGAGCCAUCCAGAGACCAAAAGGACUCGGACUUGGAUUUAGCUGACAGAAAUACACUCUGGCUGCCAAGUAAAAGUUAAGAUCAAAAAUAAUUUAAAAAGACAAGAGAAAAAGUUGCUAUCUUGUGUUAUUCAUUAUGAUCAGCAGAUCCAGUUAUUCUCUUCUCAAAGAUCACUGAAGUCUUUGUGCUUCACAUCAGCUACACCAGCUGCAAAGUAUAGCCACAGCGGCAGAACUGGCGUUUGAAUCUAACUUUACAAUGGUGCUAAAGUGUAUGAACACUUGUACUUUUUUAUUUUCUCCGGUCUUAGAGUUUGUAUUCAGCAUAAAAUUCAGUAUAUUCACUUCUUUUCAUAAAAGCUUCUGACACAGCAGAUUUUAGUACCUAAGCAAAUUUUUUUUGUACGUAUAAUUUCAUCUCAAGAGUCUUGAUAAGAUUUGUCAAGGAAAAUGGAACUUUAUACAGCUAUUGUGUUUUCCCCCUUUUCAGGCAAAAUUUCCAAACCUAAUAUUUCUAGUGUUUAACAGUAUUUGAGGAUAAGCUGUCAUUUUGCCCGUAAGAUAUACAGCUUUCCAACUGGAAGGUGAUAUGGUAUACAGUUUUGUAUAAGAGUAUGAAAAAUGGUUUUGUCAUCACAGGAAUGCCAUUCCAACAUCAUUAUCUGGCAGUGUAUCACAGUCUUCCACGUUCAGGCUCAAAAGUAAAGCUUUUAUACUUGUUUUUACAUUUACAGGACUAUCUUUUUUCAGCAGAUAUUUAAAUUUAAAGUUUAUUCUGAGUUUGGAUUUCUAUUUAUAUCAGUAAUCUUCAAUGUGUCCACAUUUAAGAAUAAUUUCGGCUUUGAACCUGGAAAUUGUAUUUUAAAGAUGACUUUGUCUUUGAGUGUUUAUAUACUGGGCUUUGGCAUAUUUUAAACAAUGCAGUCAGUGUUCAGCGUUCGUUUUGUUAUCGUGCUGUUGUGAGUGAGCCACAAUCUUUAAUGAUUAUGAAGAAACAGAAAAAGGACAAGGAGAAGCAAGAUUAGAGUGGAGGAAAGGAAGGGAAAAGAUACUUUGGCAUCUCACAAAUCUAAGCUAGCAAUUUAAAAUCAAGAGGGAUCAUUAAGUGUUUUAAUCAGUAUCCUAAUGUAUCUAAUGUCAGCAGAAGUAAUUUCAUUAAGCAGUAACCAAUCAAGCUCCUAGGGCACUAUUGGUCUGCAGUAUAAAACAAAUUCUACUCUAAAAUUAAAUGAUAGGGCUGAAGAAAACUGUUGUUCAGAUGGACUAAGGAGAAAAUUCUGACCCUGUUGUAGUAGUUGGCAAUAUUUACCCUGUUUAUGCAGGGAACAGGAUUUGAUUCUUCAGUCUUUUUUUCUUCCCCUUCUGUGCUACCAGACUGCUUAGAAAAAUAUUUACCUCUAGAUGCUUGCAAAGAUGACUCCUUAGAAUAAGAGGAGCACAGCUUCCUUCAUGUGACUGUGAAAUAUAGUGAUGAAUUUUAAGAAGUAUUUUUAUUACUUGUCUUUUUCUCAGCUUCACCAAUUAUUUCCACACAGAUAAUGCUAGGAAAAGAAAAAGUAGCAGCAUUAUAGCACUGAAUUUGCUUAAAAGUAAUGUUCAUCCUUUCCACUGUGAGUGCUGUCAGUUUGGGAACAUUCUUUCAUGAUUACCUAGAGUAAAAGAUUAGUACCUAACAUUGUUUUUAAUGAUAGCUGAAUGCACAUGUUCUCUGAGUUUCAGAAGAACUAUCUAUUGUUGUUUGAAUCCCUGGUAUCAUUGUGUGGUUUUACUUUUUGACACGAUAAGAAAUUUUAAACAGGGUUGAUAUUUAUAAUCAACAGCAACUUUUAUGGAGGGUUUUGGGGCAUAGCUUAAUGUAAAUUAGCCACCUCAAAUAUCUCUUGCACAACCAAACUGAGUUAAACACAUUCCAUAUCCAGAGAAUUUCAGGGCCACGUAAUUGCAAAGGGCCAAGAACCUGGAGGUCUGCAGACAGCAGAGGUGCUCACUUCUGUAAUUGUUUUUUUGUUUUUUUUACAAUAAUGAAUUUAUGUGGCACACUCCCAUUCUUUCAAUGCAAUGUACUGCUAGGGCAACUGAAGACCUCUUUGUCUUAUACACAAUCAGAAAUUUCUUCAAAUAUUUUGCAACAUGUGAGUUAAGGACAGGAAAUGAAUAUAUUAGUUCUAAUUAUUCUUGCUCUAUAUGAAAAACUGUAAAGGAAUAUUGAUUCUCUCUUAAAAAUUCAUUCUUGUUCUUUGGUUACAACUCCAACAUAUCUUGGGUAGGAAAUUUUAAGUAUGGCAUAUAUAACACUGAGGUAUUUCUGUGCAUUUUAUCAUCAUAGUAGUUCCUUGAGAAAUCAGUCUGCAGCUCCAAAAGUACUUGAAAAUAUUUCCUGUUUUAUGAAGAUAAGAGGAAAAUAAUGGAUACUUGUUGAGAGAAAACCUCUUUUCAGCUUUCAGCUCUAUUCAUCCAUUCAAACAGAUACACUUGAGCAUAAAAAUAAAUAGCCUUAAUCAAAGAAUUAUUUAGUAAGAUCAGAAAUCUUAUAACUUUUUGGUUUAUAUCAGUGUUAGAAAUGAUUAGAUGUUAAAAUUAGUCACAUUGAUUUUGGUAUGGAGAUAAGUAAACCUUUAUUUUCCAACAGGUAUUCCUAUAGAUGCCACAGCUAACAGUCAGCUUCAUCUUGUAGAAGCUGUAGAAGAAACUGAUUUAUUAAAAUAUAUUAAUCUAGCGUUUCAAGACAUUUUAAUGUCACAGUAAAAUUCCCAUUCAGACUCACACUAUCAUUUUUCUGUUUUUCCACAAUCUCACAGGAGUGAUUUUAAAGAUAUUCCAGUAGUGUAAUUGUGCACAGUUAAAGCUAGUGUUAAGAAACAAAACAAAAAUGGAUCACUUUUUGAUUUUUUUUUUCUUUUUUAAGCCACCGCAGUGUUAGUUGGCUUUGAAACAAGUCAAAGUACUUGGAUUUUUUUCCUUCAGGUUUUUCCCAUACCUAACUUGCAAUCAUACUAUGACACAUGCUAUAAAGCUGGCUCACACUAUUUUAAAAUACAUAUAAAAGUAUUUUCAGAUAAUAAUUCCUAAUGGCUGUGAUACUGAAGGUUUUUAUGCCUACAUAAAUAACUAUGGAAUCAUCUUGUAUCUAAAAGUUACCAUCACUCACCAGAUUCUUUCCAUUUAGGUGUUUGAUUAAUUGAUAGUUCAGCUGGUAACAUAAUAUUCUGCCUAUGCAGAAUGUUUAGUAAAAAGAAGAUGCAUACAAUAUUACUGGCAUUGCAUUUUGCUACAUGUUCAUUGUGUCUCAGUUCUGUGAAUUAAGCCGUUAACUGUUAAUAAAAGAAACACAUGAGCGGUUUCUUGCAGAAUCCUGUUUUUAAAUAAAUAUUUGUUGAAGUCAAAGAAGCAUUAUCAGUAUGCUUAUUUUAACAAGUUUGUCCCUGCAUCCAUCUUUCUGCAAUUAGGUCAAUAAUGGGUGUAGAAUGGCAGUAAGUAGCUAAUAAUAUGUAUAGAAUGCUUUGCUUUAACAACACAAAUGCAAGAUGAAAUAAAAUAAUAAGACUUCAUUCUUCAUGGGUUUUGUAUGUUCUUUUCUUUAAACUGCUCUUUUUGAUAGCAUUGUUAUUGCUCAGGUGAAUGUAAAAACUUUGUUUCUGAAAAUAUCAUUAAAGUUGCUAAUAUAGCAAGUAGAUGUAUAUUCUGCUAAAGCUAUUAUACUUAGAGAGUUGUACCUUCUUACUAGCAUGUCUUUUCUAGGUGGUUAUUAUCCAGCAUAAAAUAUUACACCACAAUGUCACAAAAUGCCUUGUUUAAAGUGUUUGCAGUACUCUUGUUGUUAUCAUAUACUUCUAAGACGUUUAAAUACAAGUCUUUAAGUAUGUGUAUACUUUGAUAACUGUAACAGGACUGUGUGCUCUCUCUUCAAGGUCUCCAAAACUAUUGCUCCUCAGAGGAGAAUUCACACUACAUUUGUUUUACCCUCCUGCUCCCCGUGCUCACUGAGUAGUUUCAGUAAAGCCAUAUCAGAAAUGGGGAUCCCAUCCCUAUCUUACAAUAAAUUCAGGAGACCUUUUAACUAAUUCACAACAGUUUUUGGAAGCAGUGGUAUAGUUAGCACACAGUGACUACAGUAGACGAGGUGCCCACAGUAGAGUCCAUACCUAAAGGCAGUAUAUGUAUUCAGUCUGUACUGUUCAGCUUAGUGAAAAACACAGAAUUAUUUCUCUAUCCACCUGUAGUCUCUCUGUAAAGCUAAUCUAACAUGUUAAAAGAGAAAAUGUCAUUCUUAAAGGUUGUCAUGUUUUUGCUUUGAAUUCUCUGUGGAAGAGCUUUGAUGUGAUUACGUGUGUUUGGUUUUUUUUUUUACAGGUAUGGUAUUUAAGAUUGGAUUUUGUUGUUGUUGUUUGGAUUGGUUUGGUUUGUUUUUCAUGACAUUUCUAUACUUCAAAAAGCCUUGGAGGAGGUGCAACAAUUUCAGCAUGGAUGUUCUGCUUGUCUUAAGUGGUUGGUUUUGCUUGGUUUGUUUUUUUUUUUUGUUCGCUUUUUUUUUUCUUUUUUUUGUGCUUGAGAAACUGUAAGCUUAACAGCAUAGAUUGUUAUAGGCUUUAACAAACUUUUUAGUGUAAGUCUGCACUGAGGUAUUGAGGAAAACUUUACCACAACAAUGAAAGUUUCAUGAUUAACUAGCAGUAAGGUAACUAGUGGAAAUGUUUGUGCUUCCUAUGAGUCUCUUCUGUAACUGCAACAAAAUAGAUACUGGAGGUAUUUUGACCAUGGUGGUAAAUUGCUUGUCAAUCUUUAAGUAAAAGGCUGAAAAUCACUCCGAUUCUUUAAACUUGAUCUCCUGCCUCUAUGAGAACUGUGAUUCUUAAAAGCUGUGAAAAGUGAUUUGAAUUAAUAUGAGAUAUGCCAUCUAUUAGAAAAUCAUGAUUUUGGCUUGACUGUUUAUAGUAUUGUUAUGAUGAAUUUAAGUAAUGUGGAGUCUGACCUCUGAAACUGUGAAUAUAAGUCAUUAGUCUUCAAGGAUUUUGUUUUAUUGUAAUAUAUUUACACUGAUUAAGUAUGUGAUCUUAUUAAAAUGAGAUUAUGUUUCAGAA